AGUCAGAAUUCAAAAUCAUCUAUUUCAAUUAGACCAGGAACACACUGUUGAACUUCAAAACAAAAAAAUUAAUAAAAAACAUUCAGUCUGUUGGUCAGUCUUCUAGUAAAUGAAUUUGCUCGUUCCAACGUGUAGAGUCCUAUGGAGAAGAACGAGCAAGAAACUCCAUAGGUAACUCCAUAGCUUCUUCAAUCAGGUUCACAGUACAAUUCUUGGUUCCAUUGUUUCAUUGGUACUUCUUUCUAGUGAUUAUGUUCGUUCAUGGGACAAUAUAAAGGUUUGUUUCCGCCAGAAACAUCUGAAAAAAUGUAAUAGCUAAACUCACAUUUCACUCAUAGGGAACCUGAGACAAUUGUAAAAAACCGAGCACAUACCAAACCAACAUAGAUAAGUACGUUUAUCUAUUUGUUUACCAAAAUAUGUAGCACAUUUGUCUGUCACCUACUUUAAUGCCCCAUGCAAUGAUUUACCGUUAAAACACAUUUUUAUAUCAAUAUAACUAUGGCAGUGUCACCCAUUUCUCUACAUUGCUCAGAGGUGUUAAAUACGCUAAGUGACUCCUAACUCGAGAGUAUAAAGAAAACAGUUACUAUCCGGUAGUCGUAUUUCGAACUUCACGAAAGCAACAUAAAGUUAGUGGUCCAAAAUGUUCAGUACAGACCUUCUAAGAGUUUUAUUAGUGAUAUCAAUUUACGCAAGUUCUACAACUGCGUACUACAUCAACCAAAAUUAUGAUUGUGGCGAGUUUGGAUUUACUUGCGAACGAAACAACAGAGUGAGAAUAUGCGACGGGAAUAAGUUAGUCGGUCCGACAUUCAUUUGCCCCCCCGGAACAUUCUGUAACGAGGAAUCCACAGCGGUCUGUGAAGAUGCCAUCAACUACAUUGACCCAGCUUUAACAAGAAGACUUCGAUGCCACAGAAAUGAAAGGAUCGCUAAUCCCAACGUACCUGGAUGCAAAGGAUACAUCCUCUGCGUCUCCAACGGCAACAGAUUCCAAGGCAUUAACUUGAAGUGUUCUGGCAACACCAUUUUUAAUGGUUUUACCCGAUCCUGUACUUCACCUCAAAAAUACAAGUGCCCUGUGGUCAAUUCGACCAAAUCGAAUCCUGAAUUCUAUGGAUCCGACCUAACUAGAAAAGAUCCGUCCUACAAUGACGAUAAGCCAAGUAUGAGUUUGAACAAUCGGUUUUCGGGUCAACGACCUACAUCAAUAGAGUGCAAGAAUUACAAGUUUAGAGUAACACAAGACGACACUCCAAACGGUGUGACGUACUUCUGUCCUCCUCGACCUGUGAGGGGUGAAUCCUCAAUACGAUGCACGAUAUUUUCUAACAACUUCUGUGUAACAUUAGAAAGAGACGACGAGGAUCAAUUUGUAGAUAACGGUGCACCAUACCGAAGACCAAGAAUGUAAACCAAUAUGUCAUCUAUUGAAAAUACUAUAAAGACUGAAUACUUACUUGCAUGGGGUCAAAAAUAAAAGAUCUGAAUUUAUGUAAAUGUAAAUUGUACACAGGUAC